AAACGAGGGGGAGGAACGUUCGUUCGAGUUUGAAAAGCAACACCAACCAACUACAGCAGGAGGAAGAGAGAAACUUCAAGACUGUUAACUUUGUCUGAAAAUCGUCAACAGAGAGUCAUGGACUCGAAGACCGUCCCGGAGGAGCAGGUUUCACAGGGUUUGUCUGCGGGGGCGAGCAGUGCGACGACAGGAGACGUUUUGCGUGACAGGAGAUUGAGAAUUGCCAUCUGUGAUCUACAGAAGAAACAACGGGAGCAGGAAGAGCUUAACGCAAAGAUGAAGGAGCGCAAACAGUUGUUGGAAAGUCUUCAACAGCGCAUAGAUGAGCUGCAGAUGGAGGUUAAGACAGUGGAGGAGUUAUACUCAGGCUUUGAUUUGUUUCUUAAGGAUGAAUAUGUAGGUCAAGCUGCUGAGAAAGCAGAGAGGGAGAAGGGAGAGGGCCUUAAAAAAGAGGCAGAGAUAAAGAGGCUGAAGGAGGAGCACGCUGAAAUGAUGGAGAAGAAACAGGAGGUAGAGCAUCAGGUGCAGAGACACACUGUGUAUCGGGACUUCAUGGAGCGCGUGGUCAAAAUGACAAAGUUCGAAGAUGUGGAGCUGCUCACAGGUCAUUUAGAGAGUCUUCUCCACUUCAGAGAUAAGCUCUAUCGCAAGGAGAGUGAGGUGCAGGAUCAGGUUGACCAGCAGAGAAAAGCACUGCUAACACUAGAGGACAAGAAUCACUUGAUGCGGCUGCACAAGAACAACCAGCUGUCCGAUCUCCGGACAGAGCUAGAGAAGGCGCGCUCUGAAACUUUAAUAUGGGAAAGGAAUUGGAACCAGAUUCAAGAAACGGCAGCAAAGAAAACACUACUACUGGGACAGAUUAAGAUGGCAACCCUCAACCUUUAUGAAACGAUAGAUGACAAGAUAGUGGGAGAGGAGGGUGUGGAUAUGAAUGACACAGAGAAACAGCUGGACAGGAUCAAGCAGUUCAUCCUUGACCACGAUGACAUAGUGAGACAACAUCAAACUCCCUUACAAAGGCAGAAUGAAGGACAGAAAAGGGACCAGAAGGCUAAAAAGGGCCAUCCCAAAUCAAAACAUUAGGAUGUUUCAAUUAAACUCCUUACAGCAUUGUGAAUUUAAAACUGAAUUCACCGAAAACUAGCAAUGAAUAGUUCAUUUAAAGUUUAUAAGUUGUUUUGAUGUAAAACUCUGAGUUAACUGAACUUGAAGACAAUGAACUUCAAUAAACUUAAGUGACUGAGUGCAAUUAACAACUGAUUAAUCAUUUUGACAAGGAUUCCUAGUUGCUAUGUAAUUUAUGUAUAUUCAUCAGUCAGUAAGCAAUCAGGGUAGAGUAUAAAAUUAGCUGCCAUUUUUGAUCCAGAAGAGAGCACCUACCAUAAUAAGGGUUAGAGGUUGUUUUUUUUUUGUUUUUUUUAAUUUAGGAAAAAGACCUACGAGACUAACCACAGAUACAUGGAAAUCUGCUAAAUGUACUGUAAUAGAAAUGUGCUGUAAUGAAAGUAGAUAAAGGGUUUCUGGAGAGUUAAACCUAAAUACAGUGAUGCUGGGAAUAAUGCUAAUAACCUACCAAUGAGAUUAGCAAGUGGUCAGUAGGGCAUUCAUUUAGAUCCUCGCUGUAAUUAACAGGGCUUGAUUAUAAGUUUUGCAAUGGUUCUGAUAGGGGUAACUAUACAUUUCAACUUGACUUGUUUUAACUUGAUGGUGGUUCAAUCCUUGGCUCCCCCUGUUUGCAGGACUGACAAAUGAACCUGUAUUGAUAAUUCAUAAUGAAUAGAACGCAAGGUCCUGUGCUGCCUCCCUGUGGCCGUUAAAGAAAACAGCAACUUGUAUACCCAAUGCAUCCUCCCUGUUUCAACUUAUCAGACCAGUUGAGUACAUCUUGAGUAGAGCUAUGUUGGAAAUUUGCUAAGGUCAUUAAACUCCAUGUACUAACAAGAAUUAUAAAGGUGUUCCCUCAUAACAAAGCUGACAAGUCAAAGAGAUGAAAGCGUUGAAAUCCUUUAUAUUCAGUAGUUCACAAAAAUAGUAAAUGCUGGUUUAAAACAUAAAAUACCUUACUUACAAAACAAGACAUGAAUGAUAAAUACACUGAAUAUGGGGUAUUAUGGUAUAUAAAGGUUCUUUUAUAUAAAACAUCCAAAAACAUUUGUGUUCUACUGGUAGAGAGUGUGUCGGUGUAGCACCAGAGUAAUAAAACUAGCCAGUGGUUUAUUUCGUCUUCUUGCCUUUGCCUUUUUUGGCCUUCUUGCUUUUACCCUUGUUCUUUAAGGCCUUUCGAGUGCUGUAGCCUCUCCACCAGGCUUGGGCAAAAAUAGCAGCUUUGGUCUUCAAUAACAGCUCCCUCAUCUCCUCCUUUCUCUUCUUUUCUGCCAGCCGACGCUUUUCCAUGACCUGGUUGUACUCCACCUCCAGGACAGAAAGGGGUUUCUCCAGCUUCCUCAGCUCCUCCUCCUCCCUUUCAUAAUCCAUUUCAUUCAACUCCAGGGUGGCCUGAGUCAGGUGAUGAUGGCAAUUAGAGAAAGAGAUGUGGUGGUAGGUAGUGAUGAGUUGUGGAGAAAAAGAAGUUAAAUCAGAAUAGUGACAGUGUUAGUAAACAAUGGUAAAUGGCAAAACCAGAUUGAAAUGAGCCUAAACCAAUUAAAUAGGCCUGGCGCACAUUGGAUUUCAAACCGGAGACGCACCUGAUGUCAUUGCGUGAAAUGACCACGUAUAAAUUAAACAAUUUUGUGUGUGCGCGA